AUGGCCGAUCGGGCCCCUUCAGAGCUCAGCCUCGAGGAACCCACGGACGUGGCGGCACCCCAUCAUGGGCAGGUAUCGGAGUACACCCAUAGGAGGGGCACAAGCAAGAGUGAUAUAGCGGGCGGUUCUCAGCACUCGUCGAUCGAUUUGGACGCCGGCCAAGCCGUCACUAAGCCGUCAAACGCAAAGCUCCCUCCUUCGAAUGACUCAUUGGAUGGCCAACCGUCUCUUCGACACACAUUCCCCCAUCUAUAUCACUCCUCUGGAACCUCCCGGUCGCCAUCCACUAGAACCUCGUCCAGUUCUCUUCAAGCAUUGAACGAGGAUACCGUGGUCGAUGCUCGGUCGGAACGCAGCGUCUUUGCACGGAUCUCGCUGUCGCGAAGGACGUCCUACAACCACCAAUCCGACGGCGGAGCCGCCGAAUACCCUGUAUAUCCUGAUCAGUCCUAUGCCGUUCUUCAAUCUCAAAUACACCCAACCUAUCAACCUCCAUUUCUACGCUCCCGAAGCUCUUAUCCCAUCGACACUGUUCACAAACCUACUUACUCCCGUGGCGCUCGUACCGCUGGCAAUACUCCUAUAUCCAGUCCAGGUCUGUUCUCUGUCCGAACCCCUGGCCUGACAUCGUCGCCGGGAUCGGACGGUGAUGACCGUUCUGGCAAUUCCUACCUUCAUCCGUCACAUCUUCAGCCACCAAAGGAGACACAUACUGUCGAAGUAGACAGGGACUCCGUAACUGGAAACAAAGUCAUCAACCAGUAUGAGAUCCUCUCAGAGCUAGGUCGUGGCGAACAUGGGAAAGUGAAACUUGGUCGCCACGUGACAACCGGCCAAAAGGUUGCGAUUAAGAUUGUCCAGCGGUACUCGAAACGGCGGCGCUUGGGGAGACUGGGGAAUGCCGAGGACAAGGUCAAAAAGGAGGUCGCCAUCCUGAAAAAGGCCCGCCAUCCGAACGUGGUUAGCCUGCUAGAAGUAAUCGACGAUCCGAACCGCCAGAAGGUUUACAUAGUACUCGAGUACGUCGAAAAUGGAGAGAUUAUUUGGCGACAAAAAGGACUUCGCGAGAUUGUGGAAGUUGACAAGCUCCGACUUGAACGCGAGAAAAUCGGUGCUCCUGACACACCAGCAUUUUGGGAAGAGAGCAAGCAGUACAUCAUGGCAGCGCAGCGUUGGCGGGAGCAACGCUUGAGAGCAAUGGAACGGCGCCAAGCGCAAGCAGAGCAUGCGCAGCAGGGACCCAUUCCUGCUUGGAGUUUGGAACAUGGUGCAGAAUCGGAUGAUGAACUGGGAGCUGAGAUCGCAGCGACAGAGUCUCAUUCCUCUUCGAGCCACGCCUCUUCCGCGCCUCAAGAGGCUGCAUUGGCCGCAAUGGAAGGCACCAUGUUCGGGGCCUAUACUGAUUACCCAUCUGAUAGACGGCGGUUCAGUACCGCAUCCAGCAGUUUUGGCUACGCACCUUCAGAGACAGAUCUGUCCCCUGAAGAGGACGACAUGUCCUAUGUGCCUUGUUUAACUUUCGCGGAAGCACGCAACGCUUUUCGAGAUUCGCUUCUCGGCCUCGAAUAUCUCCAUUAUCAAGGAAUCAUACACCGCGAUAUCAAGCCGGCAAACCUUCUGGUUACCAGUGGUCAUCGCGUCAAGAUAUCCGAUUUCGGUGUUUCUUACCUGGGACGACCUAUUCGAGACGAGGAGGAGGAGCAACUGGAUGAGACAGAUGUUGCAACUGAGCUGGACGAUGCGCGGGAGUUGUCUAAAACCGUUGGCACACCGGCUUUCUACGCCCCCGAGCUUUGCUACACUGGUGACGACUUCGUUGAAAGCCUUGGUGGCGUGCCCCGUAUCACCGGAGCCAUUGAUAUCUGGUCCCUUGGUGUGACGCUCUACGGGAUGAUAUUUGGUCGGUUGCCGUUUGUCUCGGAUGACGAGUAUAGCAUGUAUCAGACGAUCGUGAAGCAGGAUGUCUUUAUUCCACGCAAACGUCUAAAACCCGUCCAGGUGAAGACCAGCGCCCAGUGGCCUCGUUAUGCGCCAGAUAGUAUUCGAGCGGACAACGAGCUGGUUUAUGAAGAAGUUGAUGAAGAAUUGUGGGAUUUGUUGAAACGACUACUCACUAAAGACCCGGUGAGGCGCAUCACAUUAAAAGAGAUCAAGCAUCAUCCAUGGGUUCUUCAUGGCCUUCCGAAUCCUAGAGCUUGGGUGGAAGAGACCGAUCCCGGCUACCUAAGCAAGGGCAAGAAGAUUGAAGUUUCCAAUGAGGAAGUUACCACUGCCGUCAGCAAGGUGCCGUUUAUUCAACGUGUGCGGUCCAAUGUGGCAAAAUGGUCGCAUUAUUUGACUGGAAGGUCGAAAGACAGAGACAGUCGCAAACGCACUCCUAGUGCAAGCCCCUCGGUUGAUUCGACAUCCACUUCGAGCAGCAAUUCUCACGGAAAGCAUCAUCUCUGGGAUGGUGGCCGAUUCAGUCUCCGCGGUGACGAAGAGCUCUUUUCCCGGUUCAACCGACAUCACAGGGAUAGUGAGCAUCCUCUCUCACAAAGUGUGACGGUGAGCCCUACGGCUAGCCCCGAAGAACGGCCCACAUCAUAUUUGGCCCAGGAUGGCGCUCCCGGAUAUCACUCCCCUGCCAAUCGAACACCUCGCCCUGACCAUCCUGAGCGUGCAACGUCGAACUUAUCGACUGCCGAGUCAUCAAAAACCGUUAGGGCGUCUGCUAUGAAUAAGAGCUACUCUGUACCUUUGCGUCCCGCUACGCCUGAUCUGUCAGGGUCUUCGGGAACCACAAACAUAAGCGGUGUCAUUGGUGGCGCGAGCCACCGGUUAGCAAGGGGGCUUCAGCCAGGAGAUCGGCAUUUUCCCACCGACUUUUCGACCGCCGAGGAAGACCAUCAUUCGGAACCCAGUCUCGCCUUGAGCAUCGCGUCCGCGGUUGGGCAGAUGCAGCCGUCAGCAUGGCAACCAGAUGGAGAGCCGUUCACAAUACGCGAGAGCCGGGCAUCAACUCCCGAGCACCGGCGCAAGAUAUCUCACCCACUCUUAGCUGUUGAGCCCUUCCAUCUCCCCAAGGAGGGUUCAUGGCACAUCAAAGGUAGCCGCUCAGACCCACUUACUGGGCUCUCUUCGGACCGCGAACAUCGUUCCGGCGCGGACAAUGCUAGCCGCAAGGGGUUGGAUGCCACAGCGGAUACUGGUGCCGCGGAAUAUGUCAAAGAGGGCUUGACGACAUCACCAACCUCUGCAGCUACCAUGUCUUCCUCUUCUAUGGAUGAAGACACCAGUGGUAUGUCGCAAAGUACAUCCCAUCCUAGCAUUCCGUCCGUCAUGUCAGGAGCUUCGUCUUUGUCAGAAGGCGGGAUAAACAAGGAGAAUGAUUGCGACAAAGUGGCCCAGGUUCCUUCAAUCCUUCGUACCGGUGAAACGGUCAAAGCACGGCGGCUCAGUACGUCGCGCCCGCCAGAGGAUGACGAAUCUCGAUACUACUGCGAUGACGAGGAGGAGAGCGGCGACGAUUCUGAAGAUGAAGGUCUAGUCUUUGGCAAUACCAGAGCCGUCAACAAAAAACCAGCUAUCAUCAUGGGCAAAGCGAAGAAAGGGCACGAUGCAGGCUAAUCCUGCCCCUUCGUCAUGCUCUGACAAGGGCUACCAGCUCCGAUUGUUUUUCUUAUUCGCCGCCGUCCACGUCAACCUUCGCACCCCCUUAUCAACUCUGCUUACCCAGCUCUGAGAUUCACGUGUAUAUCAUUUAAUUGGGACCUUCUGGCUGCAUCUUUUAUCUUUCUUUUGCGCGCAUACAGGGCACCUGCAGAGGGUUACAUUGCUUGUACAUAUAUUUCGCAUUGGUGGCAGGCUAUCCUUCUCAUUUCGUUCUUCUCGGAUGGGCUUCCAAAAGACCGGCGUUUGUUUUGCUUUCAAUGUCUAUCUUCAUCUGGCCCCUUUUAAGGUUUAUAUAUCGGUUCUUAUUUGAUGCAUGGGGUCCGGGACAUGUGCGAGUUUCUGUAUGUAAUGUUCGGGGGAGGAGGUCUGAGAUUUAGUGCAUUUGGCUUUCUUAUGAGUGGUGUGCAGGAUGAACGGCAGGGGAGACAAUUGAAAUGAACCAGAUCAUAUAUUGGGAACAAUGGAGAAACACUCGAUUCUUCACGCCGUU